ACUGUUGUUCGCAGGAUAGAAGUGGAACCCAAAUGGUUUUGGACGUAGACUGUAUAUACUACUUUUAUAUACUUUUAUAUACAGUCUUUGGUUUUGAAUCGUCCACUUUCGCGCCCUAACCGGUGUCGCAAAUACGUAUCGAAACGUCAUAGGUAGUCGGUUACGCUACGUUAAAGUGACAUUUUAGUACGCUGCUCCUAGUUUUCCAUUCAAAACAUUAACGCCACGGAGUACAGUCUUCGUCGUUUGGCAUUCAUUUUUCCAGGUACAGCGUUAAACUCGGUUAGACCCACGGACCAUGGCCAACACUGAGGUAGGUUAACGUUGGACACGUGCCUCUGUUCUGCUGCUUCUCCACGUGUUGUUGUUUUAGCAAACAGCUGUCCGCUAACGAACCAGAGAGCUGUCAGUCCGGACCUCUCUCUCCUCCAGUCCAGUCAGCUCUUUUUUUAUUACUUCAUGAUGAGUUAAAACUAACUGUGAUCUAAUGUUACACACGGUUGUUCCUCUGUCUCUGCUCCUCUUCAGGGCAGUAAACUGUGGGGAGGUCGUUUCGUGGGAGACACUGAUCCCAUCAUGGAGAAGUUUAACGCGUCCAUCGCUUAUGACCAGAGGAUGUGGGAUGCUGACAUAAGGGGGAGUAAGGCUUAUGUGAAAGCUCUGGAGAAGGCGAUGCUGGUCACCACGGAGGAGAAGACCCAGAUUGAACACGGGCUGGAUCAGGUGGAUGUGCACACAUGGACACAGUCUAACACCCACUUUUACAGUUAAACUUCACAACCCCACAAGUUUAUUAGACAUGUUCAUACACAAAUUCAUACAUAAACUAACAUUAUAGCAGGUGCAGACAGGCAUCAUAUGUUUGCAUAAAAUCAACAAGAAAGUGACAAAAAAGCAGUAUCUUCUAUGCACAAAAAUCCACAAAAGAAGUUUACAUACACUAUAUAAAAAGGCACAUAACCUUUUUUUCCUCACCAUCAAACAUUAAAUCAGAUUACACUUGUAUUGUUUUUGGUCAAUUAUCCAGAAUCAAUCCAGAAUUAUUUUUAUUUGCUAAAUGUCAAAAUAUGAGAGAGAGAAUUUUUUUGUAAACAAUUUUUUAUUAUUUUCUCAAGACUUCUGGUUUCAACUGUACAUAUACAUACAUACACAUCAGAAUCAGAAUCAGAAUUCUUUUAUUGUCAUUGUACCAAAAGGCGCAACGAAAUUAAAAAAUAGCAGCUCUCGCAGACAGUGCAAAGAAAAGGUAUCAGUCUUUUUCAAAGUAUCAGUUUUGGGUUUAAGAUGGGUGAAAGCACCUCUCAGGGCUAGCCUGGUACCAUAGUUGUGACUGUCACGAGCAAGCAACAGCUGAGAAUACAGAUAAGCAGGUUAAUGGUAUGCAUAAAGAACAGAAUCAAACUACAAGCUAGUCUUUCACCAUAUGAGUAUUUUGUCAUCAUUUUACUAACCAGGUCUGUUCAAACCUCAAACUAGGUUUUGUGAUUUUAAGAUUUCAUCUCUCACCCGUGAGCCAGGGAGUACAAUACUGCUGCAUUGUGUGUGUGUGUGUGUGUGUGUGUAACCGUUUGCCCUGCAGUGUAGAUGUAUGUAAAUGUGCUGCGGUGUUGCAUUCCUCUCCCUUUUCUGCUGAUUUUUGUGGUGAACAAUACUGUAAUCAUGUGAUAGAUGUCAGAUUUUAUUGAUAUCAAUGCCAAUAAAGAUUCUGCUAAUCAAUUCAAUUCUUGAACGAUUCCCUUGUCAAUGCCUUUCUUUAAUCUCAAAAAAGUAGACUUUAGGUUUUCAAUGUUAACUCAAAAUUUUACUGAGUCUCUAAUAACAGAAAAAGAUGUAUGCCACCUUCAGUGAGAGUCUAAAAAUAAUCAAACCACAAACUUUUUGUACAGCAUUUACUUGGUCGGUAGUGAGUCAAAUUAGGGUGACCAUAUUCUUAAUCCCCAAAAAGAGGACACUACUACACGGGGUGGAGUCACGCGCAAAAUUUUGAGGGUUUUUCUGGUCGGGUCGAGUGAUUAUUUUUACGCACUUCUAACUCAGUUCAUACUAAACAGACUCAAAACUUCCGUACAAAACUCGUUGUCGUCUUUCUUAGUAAAAUGAAGCCACGCUUUAUAUCGUUUCUGCCUACUUUUCGUACCGUCUGCCAUGUUUUUUUCCUCAAAGUCUCUGUUCUCGUUCACGUAGACUGGCUCUCACAAGACUGUUUUCCAAAGCACCCGUAAGAAAGGAAUCGUUACGGGAAUCAUUAAAAUGAAAUGUUCAAACGAUGUCGAUGGAUUGAACCAUUUGGAACCGGUUCUCAACAAGAACCGGUUCUGGAUUCCCAUCCCUAUGCAAGUAAUUUAAAGGAAAUUUAAACAAGUUUGAUUCUAGUAGUGAUGGGUACGGCAGUUCUUCUAGAUGAACUGAAUCAGUCGAAUCAGUUCACUAAAAAGAUUCGUUCACCAAAUUACCAAAUCAUGUAGCACUUGGUGGGAGAAGCCUGUGACCCCGACCUCCUGAACUGAUACACAGCUGUUUAUAAGUCAUGAUGUUUUAAAUGUACUGUCCUAUGGUAUGAUAUUUAUCAGGUCUGCUCGGUAAAGUGGGCUCAGUGAGUUAUUCGUUCACUGAACAUUUAGAAGAAUUCACACUGAACAUGCGUAAUUCCCUCCCAAACCGCUGCAAUGAUAGGAUGCUGCAGGUUUUAUGCACUACUUGUUACAUGCUGUGUCCUAUUGUAUGAAAGUUGUUGUGGUGGUAAUUUAGCAAUUUAGCAAUUUGUCCUACAAAAUGAUUCCAGAGAGUGUAGUUUAAUAGGUGAUUCGUUUACCAAGUGAUUCAGGCAUCGGUGCAUAUGGUCCUUCGUUCGCUGGCUGCUCGGCUGGCAAUGCUGUUUCUCACUUCAGCACAACUGAACUGAGAAAUGAACGAAUCAUUCGAGGAAGUUCACCUAAAAGAUUCGGUUCUUUUGAACGAAUCGUUCGCGAACGACACAACACUAGAUUCUUGGCAAAUCAAAGGGUUUUUGCAAAUGAUGUUUGUCUCUCUGUGUCUAAAUCAAUCCUAACAAAACACUUUUUUUUAUCGGGUUGGAUUUGUUUUUAGAUCUUGAUUUUAUUGUUUCAAAACCCAGAUUUCCGAAGAGUGGUCCAAAGGUGUUUUUGUGAUCAAACCUGGAGAUGAAGACAUUCAUACCGCCAACGAGCGCAGACUUAAAGUAAGAAGAUUUUUUUGAGUUUUCUAAUGUAUGUUCUCAUUAUCUCAUUUUUUACAAUGUGGUACAAAACAUACCUUUUUAGUCUUGCUUUUAACUAGAUUUAAUGUCAUUAACUUUGUUUAAGUGUUUUAGCAUUUAUCUCUUUCUAGUUUUAAUGACAGGAUCGUCCUUUAUUGAUCUACUUUAGUGCCACCAUUUCUAUCUUCUAAUGUCAACAACACAGAGGAUUUUAGAGAAAAGUCAAUAAAGAAGCCCUGUGAUAAUUUGAAUAUUCUAUAAAGUUUGUCUUUGUGAUUGUAUGUCUUUACAGGAGCUGAUAGGUGCACCUGCAGGGAAGCUGCACACAGGCAGGAGCAGAAAUGACCAGGUCUGUUUGUACGAAAAUGGAAACUAUAAUGACUAAAAUACCACUUACAAUUUCAGAUGAUCAAUUAAAGGGAUAUCCCGGUGUAAAAUUAAGUUAGGGUCAAACACUCCGUAACACCGAGUUAGACACCCCUCGAGAGAUGAAUGUUGCCGACCGUUUGCUUCUCGAGUUAUACCAACUUUAGUAACGACCGCACGAUAGCAAUACACAGUGGUCUACAGUACAUAUAGGGUCCCAGCCAUAGUACUAGCCACCAAACAUAUUUUUAACUUUGCCUGAUUUCUUUAGCAAAGAGACUAAACACAACUCACCUACUCUCUUCCAGCAGCCGCUUGUUUGUAGCGAGACCUUAGGCCAGUCCAUUACGGACUACAGCGGGGUGAUGCAGCUCAAGGAAGAACAUUUAUGAUCAUUUCUUCAUGGAAAUACAAUCAGACCAAGACGUUAAGGCAGAAGAACUACCGCGUCUGCAAUGCAAAAUGAUUAAUAUGGUGAUUAUUACUUUAAGGAAAUGAUAAAGAAAUGUUCAUAAAUGUUCUGAAGUCUCGCUACAAACAAGCGGCUGCUGGAGGAGAGUAGGUGAGAUGUGUUUAGAGUCUUUGCUUAAGAAAUCAGGCAAAGUUAAAAAGAUGUUUGAUGACUAGUACUAUGGCUGGGACCCUAAAUGUACUGUUGAUGAAGUUAGGUGCUGUUCUGAGCAUUAUUUGUGGCUAUAGAGUGGCAUUUUGGUUGAGGUUUGUUUAUGGCUCCUCAUACCGCUGUGUAUUGAUAUCGUUCGGUCGUUGCUGAAGUUUGUUUAACUAGAGAAAUAAGCAGUCUGCAACAUUCAUCUCUCGAAGGAGUGUCUAACACGGUGUUACAGUGUGUUCGACCCUGAAAUAAUUUUACAACAGAAUAUCCCUUUAAUUAACCAUAAAGAUACAUACGUAUCAUGAGACAACGCUGCAUGUAUUUGUCUUCACCAGGUUGUGACUGACAUGAGGCUGUGGCUCAGAGAUGCCAUCUCAACCCUGACAGACAACGCUCUACAGCUGAUAUCUACCAUGGUGGAGCGGGCAGCAGCGUAAGCCGGAUACACAGUGGUACACACAAAACACACACAGCUGUCGGUUAGUGUGCUUUUUUAAAGUUGUCCACUGGUGUCUUUCUGGACCUCAGGGAAGUUGAAGUCCUCUUUCCCGGUUAUACCCACAUGCAGAGAGCUCAACCAAUCAGAUGGAGCCACUGGAUCCUCAGGUGAAAAUGAAACCUACAAUGUGAAUCUCCUAAUUUUCCCAAAUCAGACAAUGUGUUAUUCAUAUCAGAGUUCAUCUUUUCCCUCAGUCAUGCUGUCGCCCUGAGCAGAGAUGUUGACCGGCUUCUGGAGAUGAAGAGAAGAGUUAAUGUUUUGCCUCUUGGCAGGUAAAUCAUGAACACACACACAAAGUAACUGACACAGAUUUUCACUCACAGACGAGAUCAGAUAAUCGUGAUGUUUCUUGUUUUUUUGCUUUUUUUCCAGUGGUGCCAUCGCUGGGACACCGUUUGACAUCGACAGAGAGCUGCUGAGGAAAGGUUGGUCUACUGCACAAACAGACAGAUGUUAAAAAGGGUUUUAUAUCACUUUAGUAAAGGUUAUCAUCCGCCUGUGCCUCAUUUAUGUGUGUAAUAUAAACUAUUAAUCUAUUUUACUUGUCUGUAGAGCUGAACUUUGAUGACAUCAGUCUGAACAGCAUGGAUGCUACAGCUCAGAGGGACUUUGUUGGUAUGUACAUCUAAAAUGGAAGUCAGUGAUCAAAAAGGACAGACAAUAUAAACAGUCGAUGUAGAAUUAAUGAAUGCCUCCAUACAGAAGAUUCACGGUUUGUUGGAAGAAAGAAAAUCUGCUAAAAUGUGAUUUGGCUUUUUGUUUUAUGUGUUUUAUGUCUCUGCAGUGGAGUUUCUGUUCUGGGCUUCAUUGUGUUUGACUCACCUCAGUAAGAUGGCGGAGGACCUGCUGCUGUACAGCACCAAAGAGUUCUCCUUCGUCACUCUCUCUGAUGCAUACAGGUCAGUGUGGGUUUCCUGCACAUCUUCUCAAGACUGCAAAACUUCUGAUCGAAUCAUUUUUUUUUGGCUUUGUGUGCAUUUUUUUACUUCACUCUGAGAUAGAAACUAUUUUAUAAAAUAUGUAUUCAAAUUCAACUUUAUUUGUAUGGCACUUUUCAGACAAAAUAUGGAGUUCCAAAUGUCUCACAGAGGCUAAAAACAACAUUUAAACGGCGAUAAAAUCCGACCCUCCCACUCACACACCCACCCAUGGACCCACAGACACACACUCACCCACACAUACACACACACAAGCACACACAGAGUGAGAAUUUACGAUAUAUUGUUAAAGAGACAUGGCCUGACACCGAGACAUUGUGUUAGGAAAGAGCCACCUUUAGGAAACACUGGAGAUAAAAGAUAAAAACUAGAAUUAAAAGAUAGAUAAAUAAAUAAAAAAUUGUAAAAAGAAAGACUAAUACCUGAUGGACUAAAACAACAAAAUAAAAUAAAAUUAACCUACCUACCUACCUACCUACCAUGUUAAAGAAUUUAAAAACCUCUGAAGCGGCAGUUAAGAAAAACACUAAGAACAGAGAUAAUUAAUAAAAUUACAUUAAAGAAACAUUAAGAACUUUUAUUAAAAUCAACAUUUGCAAUAAGAGAAACAUCAAAAGGCAAUCAGUUAAAAUAAAUAUCUAUAAAACAUACAUAUAAUGUGGUAAAUAACUUUUGGAGUCAUUCAACAAUGUUGUCUUCUCUGAGUUUGUCCAGCAGAGCGUGCCAUAGUCACUAAUUCUCAACACUAUCUGUGGCAGAACAUGACAGCUAAGCAGACUGUUUUAUACAGUAAAGUUAAUUGAUAAUGAGUGAUGAUUAUAAGUCCUCUUAAAUGUGCACAUUAUUUAAAAAAGCGGCUUUUUUUUUAGCUUUGUGAUACAGUAUCAAGUCAAAACUAGAAGCACAAUCCCUAAAAACCAGGUCGAUUUUUCUUCCAGCUCAAGAAUGUUCCUUAUCAGCCCAAAGAAAGUUCACGUGAAUGUGAAUUCAGGAAUCUACAGUCUGUUCUGAAGAAGUCCCACUACUGCCUUUCUCUGUGUGUGUGUGUGUUUGUGUGUGUUUGUAGCACAGGCAGCAGUUUGAUGCCCCAGAAGAAGAACGCCGACAGUCUGGAGCUGAUCAGGAGUAAAGCAGGACGCGUCUUCGGCAGUGUAAGAAGUCUUUAUCUAUUGAGCUGAGGGUGAGAUAAUUCUAUGUCUCAACCUUUUUUUCACCGAAUAACAAAAAGAGCAAACUUUAAAAAAAGUAUUUAACUAUUUUCAAACUGAAUUUUUAUAUUUAAAUGCUGAUAUUUUGAUUUAACUGCAGCAAACACUUGACAGCAAAAAACACAUUUCCCAUAAACUCUCCCUGUUAUUUCAAACUUCUACUUUUUUUCUUUCGCUAACAUAAAAAUGUUUCAUUCCUUUACCAGCUGCUAUAAUCUUGUCUUAUCACCAGCGCCCUCAUGUGCCAUUGAAUAAUCACCUGUAUUUGUGCCACUUCAAACCUGGCAACCCAUGUGAAAUGUCCAGGAUGUAACUGUGAAGAGUUUUAGAGUUUAACCCUUUGUUCACCUCCUAGAAGCAGAGCAGCUCUGCAGAGUUACUCUCUUUUGGCACGUUUUACUCACUGCUCAUCUGAGUAUUGUGUGAGUCUUUUUACAGUUUCUGGUCAAACUGAAAUGUCUUUGCUGAUUUUUUUUUUUAUAUUUUAGUGUGCUGGAUUCAUGAUGACGCUGAAAGGCUUACCCAGCACCUACAACAAAGACCUGCAGGUUUGAUCACGCCUCUUUGCUUUCACCUGAUGAGGACGUUUCAUAUAUUUCUUGGUGUUUCUUCUUAAAUCGAUACUUUUGUCAUCCUUCUUCAGGAGGAUAAGGAGGCCAUGUUUGACUGCUAUGAUACUGUUCAUGCUGUGCUGCAGGUGACCACUGGGGUCAUGUCAACUCUAAAGGUCAGAGGUUAAAUUCACUGUACGCACUAAAUCUGAUAACUUUGAAAUUAAAAAUUAGGAUUUUAAAGUUUCUCAUGGCCGACCUGUCUUUGACAAAAACAUGUUAGAGGUUUUGGCUGCCUUGUCAGGCUCCUUUUAUCCAUGAGAGAUUAAGAGAGUUGUAAAAAAGUGCGUUAGUUGUAUUUAUUUUACUUAAAACCAGAGCAGGCUCAAGAUUGUAUCUGGAGAUUUUACCUAAGAAGCUGGAGGUAAAGAGAAUUUAGUAUUUCAGCUUUAUUUAAGAUUAACUAACGAUGUAUUUACUGUUGUUGUAAACAAGUGUUUUCACUCUUCACAUUUCAAUAAAGUCGUGCUAAAUUUAUCCUGUUCCAAAAAGUUACAGCAGCUAAGAUUUUGUGUCCCUUAAUUUUCUUUUUUUCAGAUCAACCAGACUGUGAUGGAGGCGGCUCUCAGUCCAGACAUGUUGGCUACUGACCUCGCUUACUACCUUGUGAGGAAGGGGGUGAGUUAUGUCUACUGUAUUUUUUAUUUUAUCUUGAUACGUAAAGCUCCAGUGAAGAAUUUUCAACUGGUUACAAAACAGACUGAAAUUAAUACUGAUGCCCCUGUUUGACUUACAACAACUGACUAAAGGCUAAAACAAACAGGAUGUGUAUUUGGAGCAAAUAGGUUCCCAUUCUGAUCAAUGCAGCAAAGCAAACAGGACGCGUAUCAGCACCGUCGCAGCAUCGUAUCAAGAGCAGCACUGCUAAAGAUAUGCUGCAAGUCUAUUUUUGCUGCUCUACGCUUCCGACACGAGUCAAUCCACACAGAGUAGAUCGUUCUAGACAAGAAGUCAAGCAUGAAAACCGCAUGUCAUCCAGUAAAUUUCAAAAUAAAAUGCCAUAUGUGGACCUAGACUGUGUAUCAUUUUGUGUAGAUGAGAAAUCCUUCCUGGUUCUGGAUUUAUCAGUAACACAGAACGAUUCGAUGGUCAAUCCCUGAUCCACGUGGACCCUGACAGGACUUUGAACUGCUAACUCUGUCUGAAGGUAACAGCACAGCAGAAAGGAACAUAGUUUACUUAAUUAAACACGAGUAAACCUGCAAAAACUGAAACUUUAAAAUCACGUUUUUCACAUAUAGUAGAGGCUCAACAGUUACUGAAUUGUAUCCAAAUUAGCAGAAAAUCGACCACAGAAAGGAAAAACAACCUGUUGUGAGCACGUUGUUUUCUUUAUACUGAGCCCAGCUGACCGGGGCUGCACUACACUGCUGCCACGCUCCAAACACACAUCCUGUAUGUUUUCGGCUUAAGACAAGACCGAAACUGUCAAGGGCAAAAAUAUGGAGAAAUCUGAAAGGCAUCUCAGUCUAAAGAUUAAAAUAGCUGUCAAAAUGAAAACUGCAGCCGUGGGCCGGGUAAUGGAUUUUAAAAGAUAUUAGCAUGAAUGAUUGACACUAUACAAAAAAAAAAAAACUCUGAUGAUCACAUAUAUUUGUUUGUGUUAAUUUGUGUCAUUGUAUGUUGCAGAUGCCAUUUAGAGAGGCCCAUGGUGUUUCUGGAAAAGCUGUGUUUGCUGCUGAAUCUAAAAACAUUCCCCUCAACCAACUCACCUCGGAGGACCUAGGCGCUCUGAGGUGACUCUCCUCUUUGUUCUCACACAAACUCAGCAGAAGUACGAGAAUUAUAGUUUAUCCAUCAGUUGUAUUGUCUUAUUAUUUUCUCUUCUUCUCUGUCUUUCUCUGUCUGUUCUGUCGUUUCAGCCCUCUCUUUGGGAGUGAUGUCUCCUCGGUGUGGGACUACAGGAGCAGCGUGGAGCAGUACAGCGCCCCCGGGGGCACGGCCAAGAAUAGCGUUACUGCACAGGUUGAACACCUGAGAAACUGGCUAAAGAGAGAGACACAGUGACCUACCUCACAGAUUAGAAUCAGGUUUACUGCAAAGUUACAGGUUUACUAACUUAAAUCUGAAAUGAGAGGUCAGCUUUUUAUGAAAACCGUGUUGCCUUCUUUUUAAGAGCAUCAUGUUCGAGGUUGGUGAGGAAUGAUUUAAAGGGAUAUUCCGGCGUAAAAUUAAUUUAGGGUCAAACGCACCGUAACACCGAGUUAGACACCCCAAUGUUGCCGACCGCUUGCUUUUCUAGUUAUACCAACUUUAGUAACGACCACACAAACCUCAGCCAAAACGCCACUCUAUAGCCACAAAUAACGCUCAGAACAGCACCUAACUUCAUCAACAGUACAUAUAGGGUCCCAGUCAUAGCACUAGCCACCAAAUAUCUAUUUAACUUUGCCUAAUUUCUUUCGCAAGAGACUUAACACAACUCACCUACUCUCUUCCAGCAGCUGCUUGUUUGUAGCAAGACCUCGGGCCAGUCCAUUAUGGACUACAGUGGAAUUUCGCAGCUUAAGAAAGAACAGAUAUGAUCAUUUCUUCAUGGAAAUGCAAUCAGACCGAGACGCUAAGGCAGAUGAAACACUGUGUCUGCUGUGCAAAAUGAUUAAUAUGGUGAUUAUUACUUAAAGGAAAUUAUAAAGUAAUGAUCAUGAAUGUUCUUCCUUGAGCUGCGUAACCCCACUGUAGUCCGUAAUGGACUUGCCAGAGGUCUCGCUACAACCAAGUGGCUGUUGGAAGAGAGUAGGUGAGUUGUGUUUAGUCUCUUUGCUAAAGAAAUUAGGCAAAGUGAAAAAGAUGUUUGGUGGCUAGUACUAUGGCUGGGACCCUAUAUGUACUGUUGAUGAAGUUAGGCGCUGUUCUGAGCAUUAUGCGGCUAUAGAGUGGCGUUUUGGUCAGACCAUUGUGUUUUGCUAUCCUGCGGUCGUUAGUAAAGUUGGUAUAACUAGAGAAUCAAGCGGUCAGCAACAUUCAUCUCUCGAGGGGUGUCUAACUCGGUGUUACAGUGUGUUUGACCUUAACUUAAUUUUACGCCGGAAUAUCCCUUUAACUGGACUUUCAGCUAUCAUAACUGUUACUAACUCCCUGACUAAUGCAAAAAAAAAAAACAAUAAACGUUACUGUAACAAUA